AUGUUUAGAAGAACAAUUCAAUCCCAAUUACGUUUCAAACCAACCACACAAUUGAGAUUUGCUAGACAGAUUUCAACUGAUAUCAACAACGGACAAAAGGGUUUACCUGUAUGGCCGAACAAAGCCACCAUUGCUAGUGUUUUCGCUAAGGAAGGUCGUAGUUUAGUUGGAUGGUUUGUUGCCCUUACUGGUAUCAUGUUAUGGGGACCAUUUGCAAUUGUUAAAUUAUCUGAUUCUGUUGAUCAUGUGCCAAAGGAUCAUACCGCCCAAGUGAGUGCUCAAAGAGUUGGUUUGGACGAGUUCAAGACUGAAGUUGAUAUUCCACAAACUUAUGUUGCACCUGAUAAGGAAGGUGAUGAUGAUGACGAAUAA